AUGGGAUCAACCUCGCCCGAUGGUUCUUACGGUCUUCCAUAUCAAAAUCCUCGUGACGGUCGAUACGUCUCCACUCCACCUCCACGAGAUCAACCCCCGACACAAUUUAAUACGACGCCUCAAAAUAUCGACAACAACUACUAUCCAUCCCCUCCAAUGAGUGAAGGUAGCUGGAACGUUCCAACUCCAGAGAGUACCGGAACCACAAAAACAACUGUUGAGGGCUACUACUACGGCAAGGGAUACCAAACUUCAAUGCAUUCCAGAAAUGUUUCGCCAGAGUCCAUUGCCUCGAAUGAAAGACCCAUUACUCGUCCCGCUGUUGCUGUGACCAGGAGAUACAAUGGGAUUCCUGCCUUUCCCAAUACUCAACAGAAGUACCGCCCAAUUGCGGACAUUCGUCAAGAAUCCAAGAAUCGUGAAAAGAAGGAGCAUUUGAUGCUGCGACCAGGAAUCAGGCGAUUGCCUCACAUGAGCCUCGAGAAGAUGGCGACAAGCACACGGGUAAAAAAGUCGAAGUCUCCAGUUCCAAAUCAUCAAACCGUCAACACCUUCAAGUACAAGCUUCACCACGAUCGCGAAGCCAUCGCGCGGAACAAGGCAUUGUCCAUGAUGACUAUGUUAAAUCCCGAAAUGUAA